AUGUCUGCACUUAUGCGUCGCCAGGACCACCACGACGGUGGUGAUGCCGGAGGAGGCUGGAUUUCGAGCUCUCCUGAUGGGUCUCACCGCCGAGCAAAGGGCACUUAUCGGGCGAUUGUUGGUGGAGAUAGACGGCCCAAGAGAGCCCCGGGUGCUGAACAAGGCGAGGCCUCUGAGAAGGCAAAGGACCCCGUCAAGGGCAAACUCAGCAACCUGGUAACACAAUGCAAGAAUGCAGUGAAGAAGUUGGAGGAUCACGACAGCGGCAAAGCAACUCUCAGCGAAGAGGAAGUCGGCAAGCUCAGAAGCAAGAAGAAAUUCUACGACGACUAUUGCCAAUUGCCUCGGAAUGCCACCGAGCAAAGGAUGCAAAUGCUCUCCUCCUGGGAGCAAGACAAGACAGGGAAGAUGUGGGCCGAGAAGAUCCAGUCCCUGGAGAACGACAAGGCGACCACCGCCAGCAAGGUGGGUGGGUUCUUGUCUCGUUGGGAGAUCGCCGACCAGGAGAACCUGAACCUUCAGAUCCCCGAGCAGAAGAAGCUUUGGGAGUCCAUCCUCGAGGAAAUCCCCUAUGAUGAGGAAUGGAACCAAGAGGAUAAUCGUGAGCGAGCCCUUGCAAAAGCCGGGGAACGUCGCUACCACUACGGCAAAACCAAGAUGACAACGACAACGGACACAGUUCGUCACAAAGAGACGAUGCAGGCCGGGUACAACCUGAACGACAAGGAGAAGAAGCAGGCCUUGCAGGACAGCCCCAAUCAGCCUUCAAUCGAAAUCCGGGAUCCCCUUUUGGUUGCCUUGAGGCAAGAGCUGCAGACCAUGAACUCCGGGAAAAAGGCUGUCGAGAGAAACCUGAGCACGAUCAAGGAUCUCCAGGUUUUCGCGAACACUAAGGGCCUGAGCAAGAUGAAAGAUGCUGCAGCAGAUGCCCUCACACCACUCGACAACUUCCUGGUCACCUUGAGGGAGGACUUUGCAAAGCUCGAUGCCCUGGACGUCGGGAGCGAGGAGUCGGUCCAGCAGGCCAAGGACAUUAACACGCAGGCAGGUGUGCACGUGGAUGCUGCUGGCAGAGUCAUCAAGAAGUUGAAGACGAUGAACGAGGUGGAAGCUUCAAAAAGGUUAAGAACACGCAUCGGCAAUUUGAUGCUGAGCAAUACCAUUUCUGGUAUCGAAGCUAGCCGCCUUUUUCGAGAUGCGGACUUAGCCAAUGCAGAAAAUGUGAAGGAUUUGGCUGCAUGUGGCACCGGCCGAGCGGAUGACAUCCCUAAGAAAAGGGAUUUGGUGCGCCGCCUUGGCAUUAACCGGCAUUGGCCGGAUCCGUAUUGGUGCAAGCUGCCGCUUUGGUGCAUGGCUCAGCAAGUGGCAACCGAGGAGUGGGUGCCACUGUGGCUUCCCCAUGAGCUGCUGCAUGCACUGGAGUCCAAGGCUGCCGGCUUAAACACCAUGAGGGAUUUAAGCUGCAUGGAGCCGGGCGAGGUGGCUCUGCUCCGCCAGUGCUGUGAGAAGGCUGGUUUGGAAGAGGGCUCUGCAGUGGCCCUGGGGAUUUGGGGCGAUGGGGUUCCGAUCACUCGUGAUCGUACCCAAUCGGCGGAAGUCUUAAGCCUCAACAUUCUCAGCCACUCUCAGCGAGGUGCAUUGCGAUUUCCCUUAGCCUUGAUGCAAAAGCAUUUGAUGUUGAAGGAGUUCACAUGGGAUGCUGUCCUGUCGAUCAUGGCCUGGUCCUUCGCUUUUCUCGCAGCAGGCAUUUCGCCAUCGAGUCGCCACGAUGGGACGGCAUGGUUGCCUAGCGACAAAGCAAGGAGGGCACGAAGCGGAUUGCAACUACCCAGGGCAUUCCUGAUUCAAGUCCGAGGCGACUGGGCCUUCUACAAGCAGACGUUGUACAUGCCGGCCUGGAACAGGAAAGAUGGCUGCUGCUGGUUGUGCAACAUCAAGCCCUCCGAGCUGCAUAUGGUGGCUCCUAACUCUCCCUGGAUGCACAAUCGCAAGUCGCACUGGGAUGCCGUGUGCGAGAUGCCCAGGAAGAGCCCUCUGCUGGGUUCUCCUUUUUUUUCGCUGGCAAUGUGCCAGCUCGAUUGGCUCCACAUAGUGGACAUCGGGGUGGCCCUCGAGUUUCAAGGAAGCUUAUUUCACUACGUGUGCUUGAAGAAACUGCAAGGCAACCUGCAAGUGGCAUGCCGUGAGCUGUUUUUCAUGAUCAAGGAAUAUUAUUCCGCCAACAAUGUCGGAAGCCAGUUGGGCGAACUGAAGCCCACUAUGCUCAAGGGUAAAGGAAAACCAUACCCAAAGCUUCGGGCGAAAGCGGCGGAGAGCCGAGCAUUGGUGCCGUUCAGCGAGAUCCUGGCCCAGGCCGUGCUAGUUCCCGAAGAUCCCUUCGACAACGUGCUCAUGAAAGCUGCCAGCUCCUUCGCUCGCUGCUACGAUCAGCUUUCCAAGGACUCCUUUCAGCCGGCCACUUUGGCACAGGAGGCCUUCGAAUUCGCUUCGAGAUACGUGGAUCUCAACAAGGAGGCGGAGAGACUAGGCAUGAAGCUUUUCAAAAUAAAGCCUAAGUUGCACAUGUUUUUGGAAUUGUCUUACUGCUGCACCUGCUCUCCUUCAGCGAACUGGUGCUACAGGGAUGAGGAUUUUGCUGGCAAGGUUGCAAUGGCAGCUUUUCGGCGAGGCGGUGCCAACACCGUGCGAGCACUGGCAGAGUCUUACUUCUUACGCUGGAAAUCCAUGUAUGCAGUUCCAGAAUUGUGCUGA